GCGCGGCUGGCGGCGCAGCAGCCUCGGGUGACCAAGAAGCCAGACCCCCAGCCCCGCGGCGCCGCCGCAGCAGGGGAGAUGCUACCUUUGAUGAUGAGAGUGUUAGUGCUGCCGCUGCUGCUGUCCCUGGGUCAGGCUGCCCCCAAGGAUGGAGCCACAAGGCCCAAGCCUGAAGUGCUGCGGCAGCCCCUGCCCAACCCCUUCCUGCCAGGCAAGGAGCAACUUCAACUUCUGCAGAACUACCUGAAGGGACUAGACAGGAUGGAAGAGGAGCCAGAGCACAUGAGCCGGGAGCAGGUUCUCCUCUACCUCUUUGCCCUCCACGACUAUGACCAGAGUGGACAGCUGGAUGGCCUGGAGCUGUUGUCCAUGUUGACAGCAGCUCUGACCCCUGGAGCUGCGGACGCUCCUCCCACCAACCCGGUGAUCCUAGUGGUGGACAAGGUGCUUGAGACCCAGGACUUGAAUGGGGAUGGGCUCAUGACUCCUGCAGAGUUCAUCAACUUCCCAGGAGAGACCACCAAAGAGUCCCUUGCCCCUGCUCCCCAGGGGCCACACGCUACUGGAAGGCAGCCCCUAUUACCUAAAAGCCCAUUAGGACAAGAAAUGCUGGAAGCUCUGAGUCUCAGAGAAGCUGGGGAACAGGUAGAGGCCAGAAGAGAGUCCUUGGAGCCUGUACAGGAGGCUGGGGCAUCAGCAAAGCCUGCAGCAGAAGCCCCAGGUCCUGAAGGGGAGUUUGGGGGACAGGCAGAGGCUGAAAGAGAAGCCCCAGGUCCUACAGUGGAGGUUGGGGGACAGGCGGAGGCCAGGGGCACUGCAGAGGAAGCAGAAGCACUUCCAGGGGAAACACUGGAGUCUAAGAACACUCCACAGCAGUUUGAGGUCCAUAGCAUCCAGCUGGAGAAUGAUGAGAUAUAA